CUCGCCUAUCGCCAAGCCUCUCCAUCCCUAACUUAGAACUUAGAACCAAUAACAAAAUUUCUAGAGUGCAUUUGACUUGAUUUAUUAGUUUGUAGUACAUAGCAAAAUUCUGGUCUAGACCGAUACACUAAAUUAAGGAGGCUACACCCCCGCAAUAUCCGCAACCCAGAGACUGUCGCAGCAGGCUCCAGAAGAGCAGUAAGCGAGCAGAAGGAUAAUUAAACGAGGCAAACAAAAGCGAAACGAAAGACUCCAAGAGUGGGUGGAACAAAAACAAAAAUUGCCCGAUUUUUUCUCGUAACAAAAAGAGAACUAUAUAGUAAGGGAAACGGACAGAAAUCCAAAAAUUUUGCUCGAUAGUGCUGUGCGUAUGUGCAGGUGUGUGCGAGUGUGCGAGUGUGCGUGAGAAAGCUGGCGGCGCGUGCAUUAUUACAACGAUAAUUGCAAAUAACUUGCGUCAACAUAGGGGCGGGGGGAGAGCGCGCGCGCGAUAGAGUGAGACAGAGCUGCGAAGCAACCGAGAUUUGGCCACCCGCCCAGGCCCCCGCCCCACUAGUCUCCGCUGCCUUCACACUUCCGUGUUUACCAAAUCAGUCAAAAACAGCAACAAGAACAACGGCCAGCAGCAGCACCCACAACUAUCAGCGAGGGAAACGGAUAGUCGAAGAGUCUGAAAGAGACAGAAAUUAAAGACAGACAUGGAUGUCCUGGAACUCCUGCGCGCCAGCGCCACCGGCAGCUACACGGCUCUCUUUUCGGAUGCCUGGUGCCAGUACGUUUCCAAGCAGAUCACUAACUCGAUGUACCUGUAUUGCGCCCUGGGCGUGCUGUCGAUGGUGUUCCUGGCGUGGUUCAUGUACUUCAAGCGCCUGGCCCGCAUCCGGCUACGAGACGAGGCAUCCCGCUCCAUGAGCGCCGUUAACUCCUCGUCUGGAGGGGACCUGCGCGGCCUCAGGUUCCGGAAGCGGGACAAGAUGCUCUUCUACGGCCGGCGGAUGCUGCGCAAGAUGAAGAACGUCAGCGGCCAGAUGUACAGCAGCGGCAAGGGCUACAAGCGGAGAGCCGUGAUGCGCUUCGCCCGACGCAUCCUUCAGCUGAGACGCGACAACAUGCCGCUGGAGAUGCGCACCGUGGAGCCGCCGGCCGAGUAUCUGGAGGAGACGAUCGACGGCAGUGAUAGGGUGCCACCGGAUGCCCUCUACAUGCUGCAGAGCAUCCGCAUCUUCGGCCACUUCGAGAAGCCCGUCUUCCUGCGGCUCUGCAAGCACACGCAGCUCCUCGAGCUGAUGGCCGGCGACUAUCUCUUCAAGAUCACCGAUCCGGACGACAGUGUCUACAUCGUUCAGUCGGGCAUGAUCAAUGUGUACAUCUCGAAUGCGGACGGGAGCACGCUAUCCCUGAAGACGGUGCGCAAGGGAGAGUCGGUAACGUCGCUGCUGAGCUUCAUCGAUGUCCUGUCUGGGAAUCCCAGCUACUACAAAACGGUGACAGCGAAGGCGAUAGAGAAGUCCGUGGUGAUACGGCUGCCCAUGGAGGCCUUCGAGGAGGUUUUCCAGGACAACCCGGACGUGAUGAUUCGCGUCAUUCAGGUGAUCAUGAUCCGCCUGCAGCGCGUGCUCUUCACCGCUCUGAGGAACUACCUCGGCCUGAACGCCGAGCUGGUGCAGAAUCACAUGCGUUUCAAGAGCAGCACCAUAAUGGCGCCGUCCACCCACUCCUCGCAGUGUUCGCGCCAGACUGGCUCCCAGCCGACACUCGGCGUACCCGCUCCAACGUGCUCGAACACCACCACCACGGCCUCGCCGACGACCGCCAAUACGGUGCAUUCCGGUUUGGCAGGUGCUAAUGGCGUCAUUGGUCAGAGCCGGCCACCCAUCUCGCCUUCCCGCCACUCGCGGGAGGAGCAUACCCUAUCCGAUCCCAAUCCCAACCCGGAUGUGAUAAACACCAGCGUCGGCGGCGCCUCCGGCACCAGCAUGUACGCCGAGGUGCACGGCGAUGCGCCCAACGUGGACGUGUUCCAUCAGCAGCAGCACUCCGUGGGCAAUCUGUCGACGCGACGCGGUUCCAUCUCCCAAAUGGCUCCCGAUUUGGGGCCGGCCCUGUCCCAGCCCGGACUGGGGCAAGGUCAGGGCCUGGGACCCGGUGUGACGGGAGCUCCCCCGCUGAUGACCGGAGCACCCGCGUCCAAGAUAGACAUGCGACUGGUGCAUGCCUCCGCUGUGGACAGCCUGCGCAAGGAGCUGGGCCUGCCCGAGGAGGACUCCCACAUCAUUGAGCCGUUCGUGGAGGUGCGAGAACUGGAACCGAAUGUCACCCUCAUCACGGAGGGCAACUCGGACGAUGUGUGCGUGUGGUUCGUGAUGACCGGCACUCUGGCCGUCUACCAGGCCAACCAGGACGCGGCGCGGGCGAAGCAGCAGCAGGAGAAGAACGACAUGCUCAUCCACUUUGUCCAUCCGGGCGAGAUUGUCGGCGGAUUGGCCAUGCUGACGGGCGAGGCCAGUGCCUAUACCAUCCGCUCCAGGAACAACAGCAGGGUGGCCUUCAUCCGCCGUGCGGCUAUUUAUCAGAUCAUGCGGCAGAGACCCCGCAUCGUGCUGGAUCUGGGCAAUGGAGUGGUGCGUCGGCUUUCGCCUCUGGUGCGGCAGUGUGACUACGCCCUCGAUUGGAUCUUCCUGGAGUCGGGACGAGCCGUGUACCGGCAGGACGAGAUCAGCGACAGCACCUACAUUGUUCUGAGCGGACGAAUGCGAUCUGUGAUUACGCAUCCCGGUGGCAAGAAGGAGAUCAUCGGCGAGUACGGCAAGGGUGACCUGGUUGGCAUCGUCGAGAUGAUCACCGAGACGUCGCGCACCACCACCGUGCUGGCCGUGCGCGACUCGGAGCUGGCCAAGCUGCCCGAGGGCCUGUUCAAUGCCAUCAAGCUGCGCUACCCCAUUGUGGUAACGAAGCUGAUUAGCUUCCUCAGCCACCGCUUCCUCGGCACGAUGCAGACGCGCUCCAGCAGCGCGGCGCCAGGUGGACCCGUCGAGGCCAAUCCCGUCACGCACAAGUACUCCACGGUGGCUCUCGUGCCCAUUACGGACGAGGUGCCGCUGACGCCCUUCACCUACGAGCUCUACCACUCACUUUGUGCCAUAGGUCCCGUCCUCCGUUUAACCUCCGAUGUGGUGCGCAAACAGCUGGGCCCCAACAUUUUUGAGGCUGCCAACGAAUACCGACUGACCUCGUGGCUGGCGCAGCAGGAGGACCGGAACAUCAUCACCCUGUACCAGUGCGACAAUGCGCUGAGUGCCUGGACACAGCGCUGCAUGCGGCAGGCGGACGUCAUCCUGAUCGUGGGCCUGGGCAACGGCUCCCAUUUGGUGGGCAAGUUCGAGCGCGAGAUCGAUCGGCUGGCGAUGCGAACACAGAAGGAGCUGGUGCUGCUCUACCCCGAGACGACGAACUCCAAGCCGGCUAACACGCUCAGCUGGCUGAAUGCCAGGCCCUGGGUAACGAAGCACCACCACGUGCUCUGCGUGAAGCGCAUCUUCACCCGCAAGAGCCAAUACCGCAUUAAUGAUCUCUAUAGUCGCGUCCUGCUCUCGGAGCCGAACAUGCAUUCCGACUUCUCGCGCCUCGCCCGCUGGCUGACUGGUAACUCCAUUGGCCUGGUCCUGGGCGGGGGUGGAGCUCGCGGUGCGGCCCAUAUCGGAAUGCUGAAGGCCAUCCAGGAGGCGGGUAUACCCAUCGACAUGGUGGGCGGCGUCAGCAUCGGUGCCCUGAUGGGAGCGCUCUGGUGUUCGGAGCGCAACAUCACCACAGUGACUCAGAAGGCGCGAGAGUGGUCAAAGAAAAUGACAAAAUGGUUCCUACAACUGCUGGACCUCACCUACCCGAUCACCUCGAUGUUUUCCGGACGGGAGUUCAACAAGACCAUCCACGACACCUUUGGGGACGUGAGCAUCGAGGACUUGUGGAUACCCUACUUCACCCUCACCACCGACAUCACGGCCAGCUGCCAUCGCAUUCACACCAAUGGAUCUCUGUGGCGUUACGUACGCUCCUCCAUGUCGCUCAGCGGCUAUAUGCCACCACUGUGCGAUCCAAAAGAUGGACACCUCCUGCUGGAUGGCGGCUAUGUGAAUAAUUUGCCAGGUCAGCUGUGGCGAUACUGCCGCGCCAGCAUGUCCAUUGCCGGCGUCUUCCCGCCCUUCUGCGACUAUCGCGACGGCCACCUGCUCCUCGACGGCUGCUACACGAACAAUGUGCCAGCCGAUGUGAUGCACAACCUGGGCGCCGCUCAUAUUAUCGCCAUCGAUGUGGGAUCCCAGGACGACACCGAUCUGACCAACUACGGGGACGACCUAAGUGGCUGGUGGCUGCUCUACAAGAAGUGGAAUCCAUUCACCUCGCCAGUGAAGGUGCCCGAUCUGCCGGACAUUCAGUCCCGACUUGCCUAUGUGUCGUGCGUCCGCCAGUUGGAGGAGGUAAAGAACUCGGACUACUGUGAAUAUAUCAGGCCCCCGAUUGACAAGUACAAGACUCUGGCAUUUGGCAGCUUCGACGAGAUCCGGGACGUGGGCUACGUCUUUGGCAAGAACUACUUCGAGAACAUGGCCAAGGCCGGGCGACUGGGUCGCUUCAACCAAUGGUUCAAUAAGGAGCCGCCGAAGCGCGGCAACCACGCCUCCCUCAAUGAGUACACCUUCAUCGAUCUGGCCCAGAUCGUGUGCCGUCUGCCGGAGACGAAUGCCGGCAACUCGGCGGACAUAUUCAGCGAGGACGAAGACUGUGAUGGAUAUAUUUCGGAGCCGACAACGCUUAAUACGGAUCGACGGCGCAUCCAAGUGCCACGUGCCGGCAAUUCGUUGUCGUUUUCCGAGAACGAAAUGGACUCGGAUGUGGAGCUGGAUCUGCAGCUGGAUCGAAAAACGGAAAAGUCUAUACACUCCGCUGCCACGUCGGUGGCGAGAGGCAGCAUGCGUUCCAGGGAAUUUCAUAAGCUGGAACAGGAUCGGAGUGUGGAGAUCACGAGGCUCAAGGACGAGACUGAACGCAUUAUGGCGCCAACGAAUCUGGACCGGAAAGGGGAUGGUCAGGAGCAGGAAAAGGAACCGGAACAGGAGCAGGAACUGGAGACAGAAGAACCGAACCAAGAGAAUACCGAAGUAGAGGAGGAGCAACGGAAUCAAGGCGAAGGAAACGAAGACAACAAGGAGAACAAGGGAGGCGCGUAUAACGAAACCAAAAACUAGGCUAUAGAGGAGCAGAGGUGGAUGUCCAGGCCACAGUACCCCAGCAACAGCAACUACUCAACCCACUCAAACACUCAAUGCAAAAUCCAACUCAAUCAACUUGAAACUCCAAUCACCAAUCUCCAGCAACUGGCAAACGGAUCAUGUUAACCCCUAGGUUUAAGAGCAACCAAGACUUAGGCUUAGCGUAGCAUAUAAACGAAUUCUGAUACCCUCAAUCCCAUCCAGACCCGUCCUCUCCUUCACCUCCUCCCUGAGCUGAGCCCUUUACCUUAACUUUUCACGCAUUGUAAUGGAGGCACAAGUCCAAAACGAAACAUUAUUGUAUAUACAUAGUUAUAUAUUUUUACUGAAGCAAAAACACAAAAACAAAGACUUCCUUGCAAUAACUCUUGAUCCACGAUCCUUGAUCCUUGAUCCUUGAUCCCUUACAACCGCCUCCUAUUGCCGCACACUUGUUUAGUCUCUUAUUUUUUAAUAGUUACGCAAAAAAGUUUGUUUAAUGGUCGAAAUAUUUUACUCUAUUUUUUCUAUUGUGAAUGCAAGCUAAAUAAAUUUAAAAAACUUGAAAGUA